GUCAGGUUUAAUUAGCCUCCGGGGAAGUCUCGUCCGUGACAGUGGGCGGGGCUAAACCACGCCAGCACGUGCUGAAGCGUGCCGUUUAUUAGGUUAAAAUAAACAACAACGCGGAACAAGUUAUUUUACAUUUAACCGGUCUCAGGAACAUCUUUAUAAAUUAUGUUAAUGCGCGCGGACGCUGAGCAGAGGGUGCGCCCAAUGUGAUUGACAUCACGUCUCAGCCAAUGAGGAUCGUCCUGUUUGUCACUGCCCGUCCUCCUGACGUUCAUCACAUGUCUCAGGCUACGCGAGGCUGUGGGAGGGAUUUCUCUGCAGAUUGGAAGAGCUAGAUAGACGGCAGAGUGAGUCUGAGGGAGACCGAGAGAGUGAGGGGGAUCUCUGAGGCACCGUUCGGAGAGCUUUGUCCUUGGGCUGAUUGUUUAAGGUUUCAUUCGCAAUGAAAGCAACGCCACGGGCUGAGGAGAAUGGCUUGUGAAUUAUCCCAGUCCUGCCACCUGCAGUCGGGCAUCCUCCUCCUCCUCCUCUGAAGGACGUCAGCUGUUUAUGGGAACUACUGGCAUUGGUCUCCUGAGGAUUUAGCUCUCCUUUUGGGACGCCAUUUUUCCACCCUUGCUGAGUCGCGGUGUAGCCGGGAGACAUGGCUAACAACUCAUACAGCGGGGUGAAGAACUCUGUGGCAGAGCCCAAUCACGAUGGAGAGUUUGGGGUCUCGCUUAAUGAUCUGCGCUCUCUCAUGGAACUGCGAGGGGCUGAAGGAUUAUACAAAAUCCAGGAAUCUUUUGCGGACGUUAACGGACUUUGCAGCAGACUGAAAACAUCGCCUGUAGAUGGAUUAAGUGGGCAGCCCUUAGAUAUUGACAAAAGAAAAGAAGCAUUUGGACAGAACUUUAUACCUCCGAAAAAGCCAAAAACCUUUCUUCAGUUAGUAUGGGAAGCAUUACAAGACGUAACAUUGAUUAUUUUGGAAGUGGCAGCAAUAGUUUCUUUAGGCCUUUCUUUUUAUAAACCUCCGGAUUCAGACAGUAAAAAUUGCGGGAAUGCAGCGGCUGGAGUAGAGGAUGAAGGAGAAUCUGAGGCUGGAUGGAUAGAAGGAGCAGCGAUCCUCCUGUCUGUUGUUUGCGUGGUGCUCGUAACAGCAUUUAAUGACUGGAGCAAGGAGAAACAAUUUCGUGGCUUACAGAGCCGCAUAGAACAAGAGCAAAAGUUUACGGUGGUUCGGGGAGGGCAAGUCAUUCCUAUCCCUGUGGCCGAGAUUGUCGUCGGGGACAUUGCACAAAUUAAAUAUGGUGACCUCCUGCCUGCUGAUGGCGUUCUCAUCCAGGGCAACGACCUCAAAAUAGAUGAGAGCUCUUUAACCGGAGAGUCUGACCAUGUGAAGAAAUCGAUGGAGAAAGAUCCUAUGCUGCUGUCAGGUACUCAUGUCAUGGAGGGUUCUGGAAAAAUGGUUGUCACUGCUGUCGGCGUCAAUUCCCAAACUGGAAUCAUCUUCACGUUAUUGGGGGCGGGAGAAGAUGAUGAGGAUGAGGAGGAGGAGAAGAAGAAAAAAGAAAAAGAGAAAAAGAAAGAGAGGAAAAAUAAAAAGCAGGAUGGCUCUGUGGAGAACAGAAAGAAAGCUAAAGCCCAGGAUGGUGCCGCGAUGGAGAUGCAGCCUCUAAACAGUGAUGAAGCGGCUGAGGGUGAGGAGAAGAGAAAAUCCAACAUGUCAAAGAAAGAGAAAUCGGUCUUGCAAGGAAAGCUGACCAAAUUAGCGGUCCAAAUCGGCAAAGCAGGUCUGGUGAUGUCAGCCAUCACAGUAAUCAUCUUGGUGGUGUUGUUCGUGGUGGACACUUUCUGGGUCCAGGAUCUUCCCUGGGAAAAAGAAUGCACGCCCGUCUACAUCCAGUUCUUUGUUAAGUUCUUUAUCAUCGGUGUGACUGUGCUGGUGGUGGCUGUCCCAGAGGGUCUUCCGCUGGCUGUAACCAUCUCGCUGGCUUACUCUGUCAAAAAAAUGAUGAAAGACAAUAAUUUGGUGAGGCAUCUUGAUGCCUGUGAAACCAUGGGCAAUGCCACAGCCAUCUGUUCAGAUAAGACCGGGACUCUGACUAUGAACCGGAUGAAAGUUGUUCAGGUCAAUAUCGCUGACAAGUACUACAAGAAAGUCCCUGAGCCUGAUCUCAUUCCUGCCAGCAUCAUGGAGCUGCUCACAGUGGGCAUCAGUGUCAACUGCGCUUACACCACCAAAAUCAUGCCCCCUGAGAAGGAGGGAGGCCUGAACCGUCAGGUGGGCAACAAAACUGAAUGUGCCUUGCUGGGCUUUGCCAUGGACUUGAAAAAAGACUAUCAAGCAAUCCGCAACGAAAUCCCUGAAGAGAAGCUUUACAAAGUCUACACCUUCAACUCCGUCAGGAAAUCCAUGAGCACCGUGCUGAAGAAUGCUGACGGAAGCUUCCGGAUGUUCAGCAAAGGAGCCUCUGAGAUUCUGCUGAAAAAGUGUUUUAAAGUCAUGACAGCGGCGGGUGAGGCAAAGGUUUUCCGGCCCAGAGACCGAGAUGACAUGGUGAAGAAAGUGAUCGAGCCUAUGGCCUCUGAGGGCCUGAGGACCAUCUGCCUGGCUUACAGGGACUUCCCUGUUUCUGAAGGAGAACCAGACUGGGAAAACGAGAACGAUAUCCUCAGCAGGCUCACCUGUUUGUGUGUCGUUGGUAUUGAAGACCCAGUCAGACCAGAGGUCCCUGAUGCCAUUAGAAAGUGCCAGCGUGCUGGAAUCACAGUGCGCAUGGUCACCGGGGACAACCUUAACACUGCCCGCGCUAUAGCAUCUAAAUGUGGCAUCCUGCAGGCAGGAGAUGACUUCCUCUGCUUGGACGGCAAAGAGUUCAACCGCCGGAUCCGUAAUGAAAAGGGAGAGAUCGAACAAGAGCGGAUUGACAAAAUAUGGCCUAAACUCCGGGUGCUGGCGAGAUCUUCACCGACAGACAAGCAUACACUAGUCAAAGGUAUAAUUGACAGCACUGUUUUGGAGAAGAGGCAGGUUGUGGCGGUAACAGGAGACGGCACCAAUGAUGGCCCUGCCUUAAAAAAGGCCGAUGUUGGGUUUGCCAUGGGCAUUGCUGGCACAGACGUGGCUAAAGAAGCCUCCGAUAUCAUCCUCACCGACGACAACUUCAGCAGCAUUGUCAAGGCAGUCAUGUGGGGGCGGAAUGUGUACGACAGCAUUUCAAAAUUCCUCCAGUUCCAGCUCACCGUCAAUGUGGUGGCUGUGAUCGUGGCCUUUACUGGAGCUUGCAUCACACAGGACUCUCCGUUGAAAGCUGUACAGAUGUUAUGGGUAAAUCUGAUUAUGGACACAUUUGCCUCUUUGGCCUUGGCCACUGAACCACCCACCGAAUCUCUUCUGCUGAGGAAGCCUUACGGCCGUAAUAAACCCCUCAUCUCCAGGACAAUGAUGAAGAACAUAUUGGGUCAUGGGGUCUACCAGCUCACCAUCAUCUUCACUUUGCUCUUUGCUGGCGAGAAGAUAUUCAACAUUGACAGUGGGCGUAAUGCCCCUCUUCACUCUCCCCCUUCUGAGCACUACACCAUCGUCUUCAACACAUUUGUGUUGAUGCAGCUGUUUAAUGAAAUCAAUGCACGAAAGAUCCAUGGGGAACGAAAUGUCUUUGAAGGCAUUUUCAACAAUUUGAUCUUCUGUAGCAUCGUCUUUGGGACUUUUGUUAUUCAGAUUGUGAUCGUGCAGUUUGGAGGAAAGCCAUUCAGCUGUGUGGGGCUCAAUGUUGAACAGUGGCUAUGGUGUGUCUUCUUGGGCUUUGGAUGUCUACUCUGGGGACAGAUCAUUUCCUCGAUCCCCACGAGUCGGCUGAAGUUCCUGAAGACUGCUGGUCACGGCACGCAGAAAGAGGAAAUCCCAGAUGAGGAGCUGGAGGAGCUGGAUGACAUGGAGGAGAUCGAUCAUGCUGAGCGAGAGCUCCGCAGGGGGCAGAUUCUUUGGUUCAGAGGCCUCAACCGCAUUCAGACUCAGAUGGAUGUAGUGAGUGCGUUCCAGAGCGGAAUUUCCUUUCAGGCGGCCGUCAGGCGCCAGCCCUCCAGCACCAGCCAACAGCACGAUAUCCGAGUGGUGAAUGCAUUCCGCAGCUCGCUGUCGCCCUAUGAGGGCCUGGAGAAGCCAGAGUCUCGCAGCUCCAUCCACAACUUCAUGACCCAUCCGGAGUUCCGGAUAGAGGACUCGGAACCCCACAUCCCCCUCAUCGAUGACACGGAUGCAGAGGACGACGCCCCCACUAAGAGAAACGCCACACCCACUCCUCCUCCCCCACCCUCGCCCAAUCAGAACAAUAACGCCGUAGACAGCGGCAUCCACCUCUUCCUGGAUCCCAGCAAGUCAGCCACUCCCUCAACUCCCGGGAGCCCCAUGCACAGCCUAGAGACGUCCCUUUGAUCAGCUCUGCCCCUCGGUACGACGCACAACACCUGCUCGUCUCCCCAGAGACUAAAACCUGGAGAACUCAUUGGAUGAGAGGGGCGGAGCCAAGGAUCUCUCGGGAGCUUAGCUCUUAGCUUUCGCUUCUCUUUAUCUGGAUGGUGUUGUACAUUUGUUCUUUUUGCCCUUUGCUUAUUCAAACACUGAUUUCUGCAUCAUUUGGCUGUUAAUAUUUUGAAUUAUUUAUGUUUUUUGGAAGACACAGGUCUGUUUACAAAGUUUGUAGAUACUUUUUUUUUCUUCUGUUUGUUGGUGGAAGAGCUUCCUGAUGCAGAGAAAUGGGGACAAAUGAAAUAAGAGAAAUAUUUCAGAUACUGCUGUAUUUUCAGGAAAAAAGGGUGUUUCUAUGGAAACCGAAUUAUUUUUGCCUGCAAGUUUUAUUUGUUAUAUAUUUGUAGAUACAUAGAACCUUCUAGCCAAAUAGAAAACACUAAGGCUUGUAUAGCAGAGAAGGUAUUGAGGUCCAUGUGAUUUUUUUUUCUUUUUUUUUUUCUCAUUGGACUGGUGAUGGGAGGCAGCCGUAGUCGAGGAUCUCUGUCCUUUCAUCUCCUCUCAUACUUACUAUUUCACCCCUUAAAGUGGUUAGUUUUUUUUUGUUUGUUUUUUAAGUUCCAAGAUUCCAUGUCUCAUUCUCAUUUGGAAGUUGAAUUGUGUGAAAUGGCUGGAGUCUUCGCGCUUUUAACGGUGUGAUUUUGAAGUGGAGGCCACACCAUGUCAGCCUUUAAAGAAUGAAUGCAUCUGUGAUUUAACUUAUUUGAAAUGGUCCACAGUCAGUUCAACAAUGACAUUUAAGUCCCUGCCAAUGUAUCAUAAGUUUGUUUACUCAGGCUGAAAAAAUAAAACUAUAGACAAUUGAAUCGAAAAGGAUGCAAUGAUUUAAAAAGUAAAGAAUUUUAACUUAAGAUUGUCUUUUAGGUAGUAAAUUGUUGUCUCGGUCAAAAGGAAAAAUAAAGGAAGGAAAAAGAGUGAAUUGUUUUCAAAUUUUGUUUCUUUUUUUUCCUGGUUUCUUCGAAAGAAAAUAUUUCCUCAAGUGUUUUGGUUUGUUGGUCAUAUGAAAAUGACAAAGUUUGUACUUUUUCUUUUUUUUCAUAUUCCAUAAAGAUUGCUGUCAGUUAAAAAAAUAUUGCUGCAAUUGUUUGUAGAAUAUAUUUAAGACCUGAAGUACUGGAAACAAAGGAAUCAACGUGAAGAAUUUUCAAAAAAACAUGCGUAUAACACUGGUAUCACAGCACAGGGUACUUUAUUUCAGAUUCCCAAGGAACGUUUUGAUACAGACCAUAUAAAUAAAUUGUAUUUUUAUGCAGAAAUGAGAACAUCUCAACCUGCUGAACCAGACCUACAGGGAUUUUACAUAAAUUAUAUUCAUGGGGGGUGGGACACUCUUUAAACAAGGGUCGUGAUUGGUUCUCCAAGUAAUAUAAUACUCAGGGUGGCUAAUAGCAUGAAACUUAUGGUCAAAAUACAUGUUUUGUGUUUUUUGUAAUGUUUAGGAGUAGACUUAAUUUUUUUGGCAGCGGGUUCCAAUUCAGACUGUUUCUUCUCUCCAUUAGUUGGUUCAUUUAAGGGAUAAUAAAGGAGAAGAAAGAUAGAAAAACAGGAGAAAGGGAUUCAGAUUUGUUCAGUCAUUGCAACUGCACUUUUUUUUUUUAAUAAGAUAUUUUGGGUUUUUUUUUCAUGUUUAUUAGAUAAAUUAAAAAAAAUGCUUGAGUUUGCUAUUUAGAAUAGAUAUAUUAAAACAAUCCAUUACUUUUUUUUUUCCUAUAGCGUCUUCCUAUAAUGGGAAUGAAUGUUUAUCCAUCAGUUUUAAGGAUCUGUUUUUUUUUUUUUUUUAAAUAACGUUUGGAAAUAAAAGAACAUGUCUGUUUAUCUUGCGCAAUGUAAAUGGAUAUCGUGAUUCAACUUACAUUUUAAACUUGUCGAGUAUCGUGUAUGGUUUUUAAGAAUAAAAAUUGAUAUUUAGCGUAA